GUUUGGGUAGAUAAAACAAGGAAGCCCUUAGGUCCCUACUGCAAUGUUUGAUUUAAGUUUAAAUCUAAUUACAGUAGCUUUUACACUACAGAGGAAUGAACCUAACUCAUUUGGAUAUUUUGCGUCUGAAAAUAAGAAAUGCUUAGACACUCUGGAAUUGUGCUGUUGGUUCCAUUCAUUGCAUAUACGACAUGUUAUGGCACAACUCAGGACGAGAAGUAUUUUUCAGGUCCAAACAUAGCACUUGAUGCCAGUGCUUCGCAACUGCCUGAGGACUAUUGCGAAUGGAGAGUAUUUCCUCGGAAAUGCUACGGUGCAGAAUUAGCAAUUGACGGCGAUGAUAACAGCAAUUUUGAUCAUGGAAGCUGUUCCCAUACCAAACCACAAUCGUCACAAAAUGCUUCUUUGAAGAUCAAGUUUAACGGACAGUACUAUAUAACAGGAAUAAAGAUAUUCAAUAGAAUACCUCCAGCAUAUUUUGCCGAAAGACUGUACAGAUUCAAAGUAAUUGGUUAUACUGAUAAUAAUGAACAAGUUACCAUUUACGAUGAUAGUUUGCAACAACGCCAGCAAUAUAAUCAACAUAUAAUACGAAUACAGUGGGAUGGUGUCGAAAUGUUUUCGUCUGUUGUCAUAGCAGUACCAAGACGCGACAAUGUAAUACUUACGCUUUGUGAAGUACAAAUAUUUUCAGCAUCCUGUCAAGCUGUAGAUAUUCCAGUUAACGGCAGUGGCUAUAUCGUUUCAAAUACUGGUAAAAGUGAUGGUCAACGGAACACAGCAGGAACUGUCAUACAGUUCGUUUGUAACGAAGGUUACACAUUAAAUGGACCAGCUUCCAUUCAAUGUUUGCAUUCUGGUAACUAUAAUACCACUGACAGACCUACAUGCAUCCAGACAGAAUGUCCCCAUUUUGUUGUUACAAACCCUUUAACAAUAUCUACAUUAGAAAGAUAUACUAUAGGAAAUCGUAUCUCCUUUUCUUGUGGGAACGGUUUUAUACUGCAAGGUCCCGAAAUAAUAACAUGUCUUCGUAAUCAAACCUGGAGUGCUGAUAUACCACAUUGUGCAAAGAGAUGUCCUUUUCCAAACGAUCUAGAUAACGGGCAAUUUGACAUAAAAAUGUCGCAUUUGUGCUCCGCAAAGGACAUACACAAGCUCUAUACUUCAUGCCAAGUUGAACCGCGAUGCAAUAAAGAUUAUGCCCUAGCGUCAUAUGAAAUUCGAACUUGCCAAGCCAGUGGAAUGUGGAGUCAACUCAAAUCGGAAUGUAAGAAAAAGAAAUGCACUUUGUCCGACUUACCCAAUGGGAAUUAUAUUUUUCUAAACCAGUCGAAAAUUGAACACAACCAGAUUUACUAUGGAGAAACCAUUACAUUUAACUGUAAUAAUGGAUACCGCCCAAAGCAAAUAUAUAACAGAACAUGUCUGUCUGGUGCAUAUCUAAGUGGAGUCAACCCUAUGUGUAUCGAAGUUAUAUGUAAAUACAACGACCUUCAGCCGGUGUUAAAUGGAUUUUAUAUUCGGGAAAAUGGAGAAAGUUUUACAUCAGGUUCUGUCAUAUAUUCUGAAAAAGUGCAUGUGGUGUGUAAAAAAGGCUAUAAUGUUUCAUCCGGCUUAAGGUACCGAAUAUGUACAGCGGAUGGUAUAUUCAAUGGAAGGCAUGCGGUGUGCAAAGUAAUUACAUGUACUGCUUUGAGUUCUGAUCAGUUUAUAAAGUAUGAUCCGUCAUUUGGUGUUGUAUCCCGUGUAGACUAUAACACUACAGUAACAGUUUCUUGCGAAAAAGGAAUUAUAGUGAAAGGCUCACGUUACAAACGAUGCAAUGAGUCUGGUUUAUGGCAAGGCGAUCCAGUUAUAUGUGCAUCACUUUGUGACACGCCAAGUGUAGAAAAUGGAAAACUACAGAACGGAAAUGAGACACUUCUACAGCAAUACCAGGAGGGAGCAUCUUUAUAUUUAUAUUGUAAUUACGGUUUCCAAGCUAAGGGUACGCAAAUAUCUUUUACUUGUUUAAAGAACCACACAUGGGAUGGUCAGCCUAGUUGCAUCGCGUUAUCAGAAGCAGAAGAACAAAGCUCAAAUGACAGUGCAGUCAUUGGUGGAGUAACUUCUACAGUCGUGCUUGCGCUUUUAGUAAUUUGUGUAUUUGCAGUAUUUUUGUAUCGCAGGAGGCAAAGCAGACUACAAAGGAAAUCACAGACGCCUUCGCGGUAUGCAGGAGUUAUAGACAGUAGUGCAGAACACGACUAUGAACAAAUGAACACUUUUGAUAACGAUAGUAACUUUAUUCAGGAAACAAUAGCUAGUCAUGUAUACAAUAACACAGAGGUGGGACAAACUGCAAUGUCAUGUGUUGAUAGCUCGGUGUCGUUGCAUUCAGACAGGGCAUACUACACAUUCACGGAUGAAAAUAGAUUACCGAAGACUGCUAUAAGAGUAAAGGAUCUUUCGGAUCUGGUUUUUACCGGUGACCGACUGAAGAAAGAUAUUGAAAAGCAUUUCAAGAAUCUUCCACAAGGAAUGACAGCACCUCACUCUGUGGCUCUUAAACUACAAAACAAAGGAAAGAAUCGAUACAAAAAUCUGUAUGCAUAUGACGACACUCGUGUUAUUCUUGAAAAGGAAGAGGAAUCACAGUCUGAUUAUAUUAACGCAUGUUAUGUGCACGGUUUCAACAAAACUCGGAAGUAUAUAGCAUCGCAAGGACCAACUUUAGAGACACUGGAUGAUUUCUGGAAGAUGAUAUGGCAAGAAACCUGUUCCAAGAUUGUUAUGCUUACUAAUUUGAUUGAGGAUGAAAAGAGAAAAUGUGUACGGUAUUGGCCAGCUGAGGGAAGUUUCACCUACGGCCGAAUAACUGUGACACUGAAGUCAACAGAAAGUUUUUCUCAGUUUGUGAUACGAACAUUGCUGAUAAAAAAGGAUAACUUGCAUUCGAAGACAAUUACACAGUUCCAUUUCACAGCAUGGCCGGAUAAAGGUGUACCAAAAUAUGCUUCAUCCUUAGUACAUUUUCUGACCAAAGUAAAAUAUGCAUCAGUUGAAGGAACAGGGCCUGUCAUUGUGCACUGCAGUGCUGGAGUAGGAAGAACAGGUACAUUCAUUGCACUUGACAAUCUGACUGACCAGGGCAAAAACUUGGGCUAUGUUGAUGUUGCAGGCAUGGUAGCUUCUCUUAGAACGCAAAGAGUUUGUCUUGUACAAACAAUGGAACAGUAUUUAUUCCUGCAUCAUGCAUUGGUUGAGUCUUUGAUGUUAUCAACAUCAGCACUUCCGGCAUCACAAUUCCCUGAAGCCUUCAACGAGCUACUCCAGAUGGACAGUGAAAGGAAGCAAACGAAGCUUUGUAUUGAAUUUGAGACCCUGAAGAAGAUGUCACCGGUGGCAGAGGAAUAUCAGUAUGUUUUGUCCAAACAGGUUCGAAACAAGCAGAAAAACAGAUAUUCUAACGUGCUUCCAGUUGAAGAGUUCAUGCCGGCACUUUCUUCUACUUCGUCUGAUCGACCAAAGGAUGCUAAUUAUAUCAAUGCUGUUUUCAUACCGAGUUACAAAGAACAAAAAGCGUUCAUCAUAACUCAAGCACCACUGGAGUCAACCAAAGAAGAUUUCUGGAGGCUUGUCUGGGAACAUGACAUACAUACCAUAGUCAUGAUGAACAACAAACAGGAAAUAAUGGAAACGGAAGUGUAUUGGCCAAAUGAGAACAAAAGAGCUACAUUUGGUAACAUUGUCGUUUUGAACGAUGGCUGUGAAGAGAUAAGUCAACAUCAUAUGCUGUCUCUAACAAUCACAAAACAUCUAGUGACGCGAUAUAUCAAGAUAAUGCAAUGCGUUGGUUGGCAGCCACGAAAAAGCAUUCCAGAUUCACAAGAGGUUAUCCUUUCUCUGAUGGAAAUUGUUCAAGUAUGGCAACAGCAAUCUGGAAACCACACUAUCCUUGUGCAUUGCCUGAAUGGCGCGGACAAGAGUGGACUGUAUUGUGUUAUAUCUGCGGUUAUAGAGCGGAUGAAGAUUGAGCAAGAUGUUGCCAUCACACAGGUGAUUGAAGAAAUGAGAAAUGCACGAGAACAGAUUAUACCUUCAGUAGAACAGUACAAGUUUUGCCAUGAAGCAGUUCUCGCCUUCAUGAAUCAGUAUGAAACGUACUCAAAUUUUUCAGCAAUCUACAUUUCGUUUCAUAUAGAAUGUGACAAGUAUCCAAAGGCAUCUAGUAACAGCAAAAUAACCUCUUUGUCGGAUGGAAACUAUAUAGGUAGUAUAAUCCUAUUCACGUGUGAUCGAGGCUAUAAAAUGUUUGGGUCAAGAAACAUCACUUGCCUAAAUAAUCGGCAAUGGAAUACAAAGCCACCACGAUGUGAUCCGGUAAAAUGUGAGAGACCUGUGGACUUUGUUAACGGAUAUUAUACAGUCAAUACAACGGCCCCUUGCGAAAACAGUAGUUUAGAAAACUUGCACUACCCAUGUGAAAUAAUAGCUCAUUGUAACACAGGGUAUGUUUUAAGAGAUUCCAAAACUAUGUAUUGUGACGAUACUGGCGUCUGGAGCUUACCGAAACCAACAUGUGAUGAAAUACAAUGUCAAUAUCCUGGACCUUUUCCUCAUGGGAACUACACAUUCUUCCAAAGAUAUGCUGCUUUGAUUAAGCGUGUCAAAUAUGGAACUAAGAUAUCAGUAAACUGUGAUAUUGGAUACUCAUACUCUGGGCCAAAAUCUAGAACAUGCGGAAUCGAUGGUAACUGGAGUGGCAAUGCACCAGCAUGUACAAUCAUUACAUGCAGUCUCCCAAGAAAUAUUACGAAUGGUAACUAUAUUUUCCAAAAUCUGUCACGAGUUAGUGAUGUGAAAGCAAUUGAAUAUGGUGUUUCUGUAUUCAUUAAGUGUAAUAAUGGAUAUAGAAAUACAGGCCCGCGAUAUCAAACAUGUACCUCAAACAUGACAUGGAGUGGUGGACCUGCAUCUUGUACCGUGAUAAAAUGUGAACAUCCUGAGGAUGAGACUGUUAAAAAUGUGUUUUAUAUCCUUAAAACAGGUGAUAAUUUUACAUAUGGAAAUGCCAAUAUUUCUGAAUCCAUAACAGUUGUCUGUAGAACAGGUUUCACCUUAUCAUCUGGGUCUAGUACACGAACAUGUUUAUCUAAUGGAACUUGGAGCGAUCAGGAUAUAGAAUGUAGUGCUGUUACGUGCCCUAUUCCAAAACAAAGCGGUGAUGUUACAAACUUAACCUCAUUUAAUAAACCAUAUAACUCAACAAUUCGUGUUCUAUGCCACAGAGGAAUUUUAAGGGGCCAAGCAAUUCAAAGGUGCAACGAACAAGGAAAAUGGGAUGGUGAUAUGCCAGUUUGCGAAACCUUAGAAUCCGAAAUACACACAUCAUCUAACGGACCUGUUAUAGGAGCAGCGUCUGGAACAGUGGCUGUGUUACUGCUAACAGGUUUGGUAAUCGCUCUUCUUGUAUAUCGGAAAAGAUUUCGAAAUGUUACCCUUUAUUUUGUCACCUCGUUGUUUAUUUUAGCAAAUUGCGAAAGGAAUGCUGGAAAUGGAGACAAUGUGAAAAUCCCAAAGAGCAAUGGCAUUUAUUCAAAUACAUCUGUUGAACAACCAGGCCAAGCUUAUUACAGCUUUGAUGCGACAAAAAGUAUUCCUAAAACUGCAAUAAUGGUGCCAUUGUUGUCAGAUUUAGUUUUACCAGGAGAUGUGGAAAGAGAAAGGUUUAGGAAAGAAUUUGAGAACCUUCCACGAGGUAUGACGAAGAAACAUUCAGAGGCAAUGAAGUUGCAAAACAGAGGGAAAAAUAAGUAUAAAAAUCUGUAUGCAUAUGAUGAAACUAGAGUUGUUUUAAAGAAAAAUUCCAGACAUAAUUCGGAUUACAUUAAUGCAAGUUUUGUCCAUGGUUUCAGUGAAGUCAAAGCAUACAUAGCAUCACAAGGUCCGACAAAGGAGACAAUAGAAGACUUCUGGAGAAUGAUUUGGCAAGAGAAAUGCAGCAAGAUAGUAAUGCUCACAAACCUCAUCGAGGAAAGCAAGAAAAAGUGUGAACAGUACUGGCCAGGAUCUGGGAGCAAGACUUACGGAGAUAUAAAAGUAUCAAUGAAGAAAUCAGAAUUAUUUUCGGAAUUUGUAAUUCGGGAUCUUUCAAUGAAAAAGGACGAUAGUGCAGAGAAAAGAGUUACACAGUUUCAUUUCACAGCAUGGCCUGACAAAGGUGUUCCAAAAUAUGCAUCUUCUCUUGUCAAAUUCCGCAAUAAAGUUAAGUACGCACCUUGUUUUGAAACAGGUCCGACUGUUGUCCAUUGCAGUGCUGGCAUAGGAAGAACAGGUACAUUUAUCGCUUUGGAUUACUUAACAGACCAAGCAAUGGCUUUGAACUAUAUAGAUGUAGCAGGGACAGUGCAGGCACUGAGGGAACAAAGAGUGAACAUGGUCCAAACAUUUGAACAAUACAUAUUUGUUCACCAUGCACUAGUGGAAACACUGAUGCUGCCAACAUCAGCUUUGCCAGCUUCUAGGUUCCCUACAACUUACAAAGAUCUACUAGAAAUAGACGAAAAAAUCCAACGACGGAAAAUAGAUCUUGAAUUUGCGAUUUUGAGAACAAUGUCACCCGUUUCGGAGGAAAGUCAGUACGUGUCAGCAAAUGUUGUAAGGAAUAGGCAGAAAAACAGAUACUUGGACAUUCUGCCUAUUGAUGAGUACAUGCCACAACUAACGUUAGACGAGCGGCAAGAUAGCAAUUAUGUGAAUGCUGUAUUCCUACCGAGCUAUAAGGAGAAGAAAGCAUUUAUGAUAACGCAAACACCCCUUGAAACGACAAAGGGCGAUUUUUGGCGACUUGUUUGGGAACACAAUAUUCAAACAAUUGUAAUGAUGAACGACCUCGAGGAAAUGAUGGAUGCAGAGAUCUAUUGGCCAGCAAAACGGGAUAAACUUACCUAUGGAAACAUUGACAUCGUCCAUGAUGUAACUGAUGACUCAAAUCGUCAUAAAGUGUUAUCUUUGACGGUUAAGAAAAAGCAAAUAACGCGUCAUAUAAAGCACAUUCAGUUUGGAGGUUGGAAGCUUCAACAUAAUCUUCCAGAAUCUCCCGUUGAUAUGUUAUCUUUGAUGGAACUAGUUCAAGGUUGGCAACAACAAACUGGAAACAGCACAGUUCUCGUGCAUUGCAUGAAUGGAGCGAGUAAAAGCGGACUGUAUUGCGUUAUAUUGGCGGUUAUAGAGAGAAUGAAGAUUGAGCAAGAUGUUGCCAUCUCACAAGUGGUUGAAGAAAUGAGGAACUCUAGAGAACAGAUUAUCCCUUCUGUGGAUCAAUAUCAGUUUUGCCACGAAGCAGUUCUUGCCUUCAUGACACAGUAUGACACGUACUCAAACUUUUCUGAAUAGAUGGAUGUUUUCCUGAAUACUCCUAUAAACUGGAUGGAGUAGAUUUAUAUACUUCGAACUUAAUUAUUGAUGAUCGCCAAUGAUUAAUUUUAUUAAACAUUAUUCAAUACAAUAAAUUAACAACCAUUAUUGCUGAUACGGAAUAAUGUGUUUACACUCGGGUAAAUAUCUACGCUAGAUAUUUCUCGACAAACAUUAAGGUGAGCAAGAGUCUAAACAUCCCCAGUUUUAUUUCAUCAUCUUACCUGUCAGACUAAUGAUGAGAAAGAUGUUACCAGCUACCGAGAUAUGAUAUUUGUUUACAAAUUGAAAGCCGAUAAUUGUUCGGUUUGAAAUAAGUUUUUGAUAAAGAAUAUGUAUGGUGCAUAUAUCUAAAACAAUUAUAUCUAAUUUGAAUUUUUAAACAAGUUCUAGCUGAAUUUUGUUCAUGAGUUUUUUUCUGAAUGACCACAGAUUGUGCGUGCACUCUCGCCGAAAAGGUCAUUCUUGAUAUCAUUACACAAAUGUUGUAAUGUUGUCUAUACUAGCAUAAAUGUUUUUCUUUACGUUCCAUACAAAAUAUAUAGUAAAAGUAAAUACAUAACAUUAAGUUCUUACAUUUUGUCACCAUCUAAGACAUGAAAACCAUAGCCCGGAAGUAGAGUUUAUGUAUCAUCUUAACCCGUACCCUGCACAAUCUAUAUAAUGAACUCGCCAUCUUUCAUUGGACAGUACCAUUAACUGUUAAAAAGGCUGCUUACCAAAUAAAUACUAAAUUAAUGGGGAACCGUGAAGAUCAUGGUCAGACUGCACAAAUGUGCAGGCUGAUCAUGAUCUACACUGGCCGCAAGUGCAGAAUAAAUCGUAUUUAGCAUGAUAAGGGUUAGGGUUUAACGUAUGUUAGGGUUUCACUUGGCGGGAAUAACUUUUAUUUACACUGUCUUGUGAUUUUGGAACAUGGUGGGGGUAAGAGUGAGGUUAGGUGCACCAUAAACCGGUUUAAACUCCCCAGUGGUGGUUUUGCCACCUACCGUUCCAAGGCAGUGCCCCCACUGAGUUCCUGUAUUUGUUUGUUUUGCCCUUGUGUGUUUAUUUUUUGUGUGUGUGGUGUGCGUGUGUUGAUCGUGUGUGCCUCUGGGGAGACUGCGUUUUUGGAACAUGGCUUUCCCUGUUGGAUAUUCUUUCUUGUUUUUUUUUUUUACUAUCUAAAUGUAGAUAUGGUACCUUUCUUUUUCAAAACAUAUGUAUGAAGUUGAAAAAGAAAUACAUUCAAAUAUCCAUAUAUUUCUCACAAAUAGAUAUAUUCGCGAUAUUUCAACCAAAAGAGUAUAGUUAUGAGCAUUUGAUAUUUUCAUUUCAAAGAAAAUUUAGUGAACAAGGAAAUAUUACUUCUUCAACAUGUAGAGAAGAAACAUCAAAGGGACAUACUAUAUAUUUGAUAUAUUCUAUUAGGGUGUAUUUCAUUUUACAUUCAAAAGUGAUCUGGAUUGCUUAAUAUACCGCUAUACUGUUCGCUAAAAUAUAGAACAUCUGAAUAAGUCCGAUAACCUCCUAAUAUAUGCUGUAACAUAAUGCAAUUACUUAAACUCUGACCGGGACGGACUCGAACCCAGGACCUCGCACUCCUAAGACACUCUACCACUUCGCUCUAAUAGCAGUAUCUAUAGCUAAGCAGUGUAAGUACUCGACUACAUCACGAGAACUGGAACAAUUUUGUGGCAAUGACGUGUUCGGAGUACUCAGGAUUAUCGGCGUAUUGACAUUGUUAGCUAAGGGCAAUUUUCGUGUAAAAAUUAUAAUCUAUUUUUUACUCCAACUUAAUCGGUCAAAACUGUCCUAAUUUAUCUGACGUCUUAAUUUAGGUACGCUAUUCAUAAUAUUAAACAUACUUAAUCGUGACAUUCGUUAUUUCUAUAAUUAUUAAAAAGAACAUUUGAAUAUAGACACGAAAAGUGUUUUAUUUAUGUAAUAAACCAGAACCAUUAUACUAAACUGCUCAAUACUCAUAGUACAGGCAGCAAUACAUGUAUUUCUGAAAACUGGCUCCUGCUGAAUAUAAUCGUUACAAAC